AUGAAGAAUCCCAGAGUACAUACGACGAAGAGAUAUCAACGUAAUCGGAUGCGUCCACGAGAGGAGUACGAUGCAGACGUACACUGGAGAGCAAGUACCAGGAGUUCAGCUGACCCGUCUGUGGUGAAUGAGGAGAGAGCACUGAGACUGUCACUGCAGGUCUUUGAUGUCGAAUUUGAAGAACUGCCCAAGACCUGCGCAAGCAUCGUUGAACGACUUGCAGAGUGCCAGGAUGUGCGCGUUAAGAGAGCGCAAGGGGAAUUAGCAGAGAAGAUCGCGCGAGCACGAAAAAUGGCCGAGGAAAGAGAGCGGGAGCAGUUAGUACGACGAAGGGCCAAUGAAGCAAGAGAACGGAUCGAAAUGGAGUCCGCGGCUCGCGAAAAACGAAAACAAAAAGAGACCAGGGCAAAAGACAGGAGUAGACUGGGCGAAUUUUUUCUCUCGGAUUUGAGAGACGGUUCAGACGAGAUCAGGUUCGACAAAUACACAAGGGUUGUCGCGUUGGGAUCUGAUGAGGAGUUCCUGUUUGGCGGUUGUGACUACGCUCUCGCAUUUGAUUACAACGACACAUACUUCACCAGUGGGAUGAUAGAAAGUUUACAUGACAGGCUAGAAAGCCGGGCACCUCACCACCCGCCAAAGGUGGAUGCGACACUGGGGAGUGCUGGACAAUAUCAAGUUCGCUUUGCCAAUGGAACUUCGCAAUUUCGCUUUUGGGACAAAUCUCUAAAUGUCCUCGGAUUGGGUGGCGUUGGGCGAGGAUGAAGAAUCCGAUGGCAUAUACGUAGUAAGGUGUAAUAAGACUAAAGGCCUUGCGUGGGGUGGUCACGGUGACUUUCCUAACAGACUAAUGCACAAUCUUCGAGAAUACGAGAAUGACAUUUAGGUCCCAGCGGGGAGUGGUUUGUUGCAUUCAAAUCCGGGUUUACCGAAUCGGGAGGCUACGAGGGUAUUAUAAGCAGCCAUCUGAAUUAUAUAAAAAGUAAGGGGAUGCAUGUUCGUCACAUCGUAUGGGGCCGUGAUCAGAGACAUGUGAUCCGAUUCUCAGACUAUGCGGGGCCAUUUUAAGUGGUCUGCGAAAGAAGUUUUGAACAUGAACACUUUUUACUGGUGCGUGAAUUCAACGCUUCUGGAAAAAAAAUCCGCUCAGCGAGUUGCGCCUGUUUCUAAUGUCGCCAUUUCGCUGGACCUAUAUCUACAGCCGCACUUUGAAUAAAUGGGUUGUAUCAUCCCAAGAUAUGGAGAGGAAAGUAUUGCGCAAAUAUAUCAGUGGUCGAACAGGUCGGCGCAGAGCGGUCGCGAAUGUAAAAUCACUCGAUUGGAAAGGAGCGCAAACCUGUGGCUCCCAAAGUAUUGGCUUAUAACAAAUAAUUAAUUGUCUUUGAGAACCCAAAAAGCAUUUGCCGUUAAUGAGUGUUCAUGAAACAUAUAUUAUACCUUAAAUACUAACCAAUACUAUUCAGGGUAGAGAUGGGGUCAGAUGCCCAGACUGUAGUUCCAGCGACCACCCCGCGAAGAAAACUGGGGGAGCCAUGAAACUGUAGUUUUUUGGGAGAAUGCAUUGACCAGAGUGAUUAAUAAUUUCAUGAUUACUGAAGCAACGUGCUCAACAGUCGUUCGUGAAUCAUGCAGAUAGGCUGUUCACUCAUGUCGUUCCACAUUGGAAAUACUAGGGAUACGACUACAAAUUGUAAUUCUUGUACACCUAUACAUACAAUUCUCGUACCUGUGAGCCAACAACAUGUUUCUACGUUUGCAUUACAAAGACAGCCAGAAUGAACCUUAUCUCCGAGUUGUUGACUAUUCGCCGCGUCGGUUGUUUGAGAAAACGUGUUAUGAUAAAUUCAUCUUGUCAAAAAAGCUCAUCCAGAAGUAAAAAGAUAAAGUGACAGGAAGGAGUCUAGCUGAACAGUUAUAAACGUUUAUUAUUAAGAUCGAUUCCCGUUUUAUUGCGGCGAUGUCUCAUCACCCGUAUCAGUGGGUCAGCUUUUGAAAGUUUUACAGGGGAGGCGGAGUAUUUCUAAAAGAGAACAGAUUGUGUGCAUUCCUUCUUGCAUCUACUAUUUGUAUUUGUUUUUGAUUUGGUUCUCUUUAUGCUACAAAAAC